AUGCCGCACGCACACCUCGCCUUUGGGGCUCUCGGCUCCGCCCGCCGGCCGCCCUUGCCCACCCGACCGGGCCUCAGGACGGCAUUUUAUGAACUGGAACAGCGGCUGAGCCACAACCUUCUGGGCUGCUGCACGAGGAUGGAGGAGGCUGAGGGGCGGCCCCAGGCCAGGAGGUGCUGCCCGGAGGCCCUGGGGAAGCUCUUGCCUGGCCUCUGCUUCCUCUGUUGCCUGGUGACCUAUGCACUGGUAGGUGCUGUGGUCUUCUCUGCGGUUGAGGGCCGCCCAGGGGCAGAAGAGAACCCCGAAUUGGAAAACUUCCUGAAAGAGCUGGGCAGCAUCCUGCAGUGCAACCAGACAGUUGUGGAAGGCAAGAAAAAGAACCUGCGGGAACAUCUACAGAAGGUGAAGCCUGAGUGGUUUAAGGAUCCAAGUGACUGGUCCUUCUUGAGCGCACUCUUUUUCUGCUGCACUGUGUUCAGCACUGUGGGUUACGGCCACAUGUAUCCUGUCACCAGGCUCGGCAAGUUCCUGUGCAUAGUCUAUGCUGUCUUUGGCAUCCCUUUGAUGUUCCUGGUCCUCACAGACAUAGGUGACAUACUGGCAACUGUCUUAUCCAGGUGUUAUAAUCGGUUUCGAAUGCUGCCUUUAUUCCCCUGUUCCCUCUCCAAGUUUUGCUCCCAGCUGCUCUGCAGGAGGAAGCCUGACAUCAUGCCCGAAGAUGCAGCCAUCCCAAGCAUCGUCAUCAGUUCUGAAGAGCUUCCAGACCCCAAGCUCAGCAGGUGUCCCUUGGCCCCAAGCUGCAACACAGAACUGUUUGAGAGGCUUGUUGCAGGACAGAAACCGAACACGCUGCAGCAGCCCCUGCGGACUGCAGAGAGGAGUAACUCGUGUCCCGAGCUGGUGCUGGGGCGCCUCUCCUGCUCCAUCAUCAGCAACCUGGAUGAGGUGGGCCGGCAGGUGGAGAGGCUGGACAUCCCCCUCCCAAUCAUUGCGCUCGUGAUCUUUGCCUACAUUUCCUGUGCAGCUCUCAUCCUCCCCUUCUGGGAGACACAGCUGGACUUUGGGGAUGCUUUCUACUUCUGCUUUGUCACACUGACCACCAUCGGGUUUGGGGACACCGUGUUAGUUCACCCUCACUUCUUCCUGUUCCUUUCCAUUUAUAUCAUUAUCGGAAUGGAGAUUCUGUGCAUUGCCUUCAAGCUGAUGCAAAACAGGCUCAUUUACAUCUACAAAAACCUCAUGCUUUUCUUUGCAAGGGGGAAGUUUUACCACCUCGUUAAAAAGUGA